GAGGGUACUGUCUUCCACUGCAAACGUCAGACACGAAAGCGCCCUGCAUCUUCUAGUCCAUUGGAACCAGACAUUGAAGAUGAUGAUCUUUCUGAUACCCAAGAAAUUAGUAAUCCUGAAGAUUUUAACAUGAGUGCUCAUAGUAAGGCAGAAAUAAUUGUUUCUGCAUUGCACCCAGAUGAAAAUAGUGACAAAUGUCAG